AUGGAAGACGAUGGUGGAGAGAGAUCGAGCUUCGUCGCCGGCCUCAUCGAGAACAGAACCAAAGAGGUACGAUACGUACGCUUCUCCUUUCCUUUCGCAGGACUACGAUCUGCUUCGUGUUCUCUUACAGUCUCCGUUUUGGCAAUGGCAAUUUCUGGGAUCGAUGUUCAAAUUCUCUCACAAGGUUGUUGCUCGCAUAGUAUCUUCGUGGUGAUGUUCGAUUUCGAUUUGAAUUUCUCUGGUCAGGUUGGAACGGCUGCCUUUGACCUAAGGUCCGCUUCGCUGCAUUUAUCUCAGUAUAUAGAGACAAGCAGCUCGUACCAAAACACGAAGACGCUCCUGCGUUUCUAUGAUCCUUGUGUGAUAAUUGUUCCGUUAGGAAGGGUCAUUCAAAACUUGGCUGCAAAAGAACCUGUUGCGCUUGGUUUAGACACUUACUACAAGGAGCAUUAUCUCUCAUUGGCUGCAGCUGCAGCUACAAUCAAAUGGUGUCUACACCCUCAACUCUUUUGUUUGUUUCAGUACAUUAUCAUUAUCAGUUUGGAUAGUGGCGGAAAAGGGUGUGGUAGUCACCAACCACUCACUGACUCAUUUGCCUUGAUUGUUCUACCUAUGUUUAGUGUUGAGAAUCUGGAAAUCAUUGAUCCGUUCCAUAAUGCUCUUUUGGGCACUAGCAACAAAAAGAGGAGUUUGUUCCAGAUGUUCAAGACAACAAAAACUGUCGGCGGAGUCGGGGAAGUUAUUGAUGAUGAUGUCCUCCAUGCAUGGGUUCCUUUUGUUGCUCGCACACAACAGUGUUUUGCUUUAAAAGCCGGAAUUGAUGGAUUUUUGGAUAUUGCAAGGAGAACCUUCUGUGAUACCAGUGAAGGUGAACCAAGAAUGUUCGUGCUAUUUCUCAUGCCUAAUAGUAUCUUCAUGUCAGAAGCAACCAACAUGUUGGUAGUAGUUAUGGGUCCAAACAUGUAA